UUUUCCAGUUCAAUACUUAACAAAAUUUAAUUGAAGCGUUGAUUUUCUUCUCCUAUCUCUUCUGCCGUUGGAGGGAGAUUUAUUCCACUUCCUUCUUCCACGUUCGCUAAGGCUGACAAGGUUCCGAUCCAAACAUCUCUUCCCAUCCAUCAUCUUGGAGCUCCCUCACUUUUGAUAAUUGAUACCAACACUUCCUAAAAAAAAUCCUAUCUUACAAGACUUCGUUCUUAAACCUGAGAAUAUCUUCUUCCUCAUCUUCUUGUAUUGAAUACUUCGUUUUAUUCAUAGACGACGCAUUUUAAUUAUUCAUUCACACACAAGCAAGCUAUCUUUCUCGAGAUUUCUGUAUCACGAAACCAAACAUCAGACAACAAAAUAAGUUCACAAUGGCUGCUUCCGUAGUUCAAAAUCCAGCUUCUAAGCCGGAAUCUAAGUCCGCAAAGAAGAAGAAGGCCAAGACUGAAGCUGUCGAUGUGCAAAAGCCCGCCGCACAAGCAGAUGUUGCUAUUACAGAAAAGGCCUCGUCCACUAAUGCUGAAGAGAGCAGCAAUGGAGAUGGAGCAUACGAGAGUCCAUAUAUCAAGGAGCUCUACAAGAGCAUCCGCAAUGUCAACAAGAAGAUCACCAACGCUUCAAAAGUUGAUAAUGUUCUUGCCGAGAACCCAGGCAAGAGCUUGGACGAAUUGGUAGCUACUCGCAAGAUCAAUGCUGACCAAAAGGCACAAAUUUUGAAGAAGCCAUCUCUCCAGGCGUCUUUGACCCAGCUUGAGGAGCAAAUCGCACAAUAUAAGAAGUUCGACCAAGAAUACAAGACAAAGCUUCAGUUGGAGAAGGCUGAAUUCGAAAAGACUUUCAAUGAGCGUGCCAACAAAGAGCUCGAGGAGAAAGUUAAGGCUGCUAAGGAUUCUGUUGCAAAGGAGAAGGCUGAGGAACAAGAGAGUAACUUGUUGCUCAUCACUAAAUUUCUCUGUCUCGCCGCCUUGCGCCGAAGCCCGGAAAAUGAUCCAGAGCUCGACGAGAACAAGGGAAUUGAAGGGCUGCUCACUCAAGUUUACAGUGGAGACGAAGCUGCUGUAGCUGCCAUGACAAAAAUCAUCCAAGGAUCUAAUGAAGUCUGUUCAUCCGUCAACGGCGAAGAACUGACCACAACCUUUGCCGAUAUCAAGGCCAUUGCCCUUGCGCUGCCAACCACAUCUGUCGCUGAACCCACUGAGCCUGCAGAUGAAGAGACAGGCCAAACCGAAGUCACUGAAUAUCCCGUCCAAAGUGACCCAACUAUUGCCAAUGCCGGUUUGACUGAAAUCGAUGACCCCGUUACGAGUGCAUUGAGCAAUGGCCACCAAGCACCAAGCUUCGAGGAAGCUCAAGGAAUUCCCCAAAAUUCAGCUUUUGGCGAAGGAGGAAAUGCUGCAGCUGAGGCAAAUUGGGAUAAUAACAAUGAUUUGUCUACAUCGCAAGAGUGGGUCGAGGUUCCUCGUGAAGCCACUGAGACAGAUCUCGGUGUUACUGCUACUCCUGCUGCCCCUUCUAACACUCAAAGCUGGGCCGAUGAGCAACCUGAGAGUCCUGCUUCAAAGACCCCAACCCCUCCAGUCAGCAACAAUGAUGGCUUCCAUGAAGUCAGCCGCAACCGUGGCCGUGGAGAUCACCGAGGUGGUAGAGGUGGCCGAGGUCGUGGUGGCUUUAGAGGCGAUGGAUAUAGAGGACGUGGCCGUGGUGGUCCUCGUGGUGCUCCCCGUGCCCCAAGAGGCGAGUCAUCAUAGAUCCACAUUUCGGAAACAGCUCUAUGGCCUCACAAAUUGUGAAAUCCUAGAUGCGUUAGCUCACGCAACUUUUAAUAUCCUCAUUCUUUUAUUCAACUUCUUUCUCGCGGCAUGGCAUCACACAAAGGCGAAAUGGGUAAAGUUUUUCUUGCAUUCAAUAUUUGCAAUUGCGAAAACAGCACAAUUAAGCAUUUGCAUGAAUCUGUCAUGUUCUUGAUAUUGGCUGGAUAUGGCAUAGGGAUAAAUACGAUAUGGGAGAGCGUCUCGUUUUUUAUGGCAUUACAUGCACAACACGCAUUUCCUGCACUUUGGCCAACUUGAUUUUCCUUUUUGCGCGCUUUUAUGCAGGCUGCUUGUUCAUACCCGGGGCACACAUUGAAAAGUUCGGUUGGUUUGGUCUUUGGUUCGCUGGUCUUGGUCUUUUAGAACGGUUGGACUGGGCUGGGCUGGAUGAACGCAACGGAUCGGAUCGGAUUGGACUGGCCAAAUCGAAACGAUACAAAAUAGAAUGAUUGAUACCCAUGAUUUG